UCAAAUCCCCCGUCCUCGCACAACUUUUUCUUCACUUUAACCUUCCACCUCCCUCACGCUCUUUUAAUACCCCCUCGGCUUCAGUGCUUGUUCAAUUUCUUAGAAAUUCAACCCAUCGCACUCGUCUCUCGUUAAUAAUUUUUUAAUAAAACAACCCUUCAACAAAAUGCGCUUCCUCACGAGCUCCCUUUUGGCCAUUGCCGCUCUUGCAACCUCCGUUUUCGCUGCAGAGAACCCCAUCAUCAAACCUGAUGGAUCUGCUCCUCUCGCUGCCGGAGAUACAGUUACUAUUACCUGGACUCCCACUACUUCUGGGCCAAUCACCCUGAAGUUCCGCCAGGGACCUUCCAACGACCUUAAAGACGUGACGACUAUUGUUGCUGGCGCUGAUAACAGUGGUUCUUACUCCUGGACUGUCCCUAAGGACACCCCAAGUGGAGCCAACUAUGCUAUCCAGAUUGGUGAUGACAAGACUACCGAUGUCAACUAUACUCCUCUCUUGACCGUCUCGUCUGAUGCUCCCAGUUCUGUCAGCAGCAGCUCUACUGCUUCCAGCUCCCACGCUUCUAGCUCCACAUCCAGCUCCGCUUCCAGCAUUACCACCACCUCCAAGCCCGCGACCACCUCCAAGCCCGCCCACCACAACAGCACCAUGGUGACCUCUACCACUUCUGCUUCUAACGGAACCAUUAGCGUCCAUACCGCAUCCUCUAAUGGUACCGCCACCCGUAGUACUGUUGAAAGCGGUGGAAAGCCCACCUUACCAGGUUCCUCUGGCCCUUCAUCCACUGGGUCGUCACCUCCUGCGUCUACAGCUCCCAGCAGCGGAGCCGUCUCAUUGGUGAUGAACAGUCCUUUGGCUCUCGUUGUCUGCGUUCUAGGUGCCGUCAUGUACUUGAACUAAGCACCCAACCAAUCUAACCAAUUCGCUAUUUACCUCGCGUUUUCUUUCAUCUAAUAUACUUAAUCGGAGUGGUAAAAAAUUCCUUCCUGUAAGCACACCCUUUCUAUCGGAAAGGGUGUGUAUCGACUCGGCAUUCGAAAAGUGAGGGUUGAUUCGGGGGGGGAAGGCGGAAUCGAGGGGGAUUCGGGAUGGGGGGGGGGGGAAAUGUCAUCUUAUCGGAUUUCCAUCUUUUUGUAAACAUAUUUUGUUUUACAGGGAGAGACAAAGGCGAACGUCAAUAUAAGUUGAUUUAUUUUUCCCAUCCUCUUUUCUCCCCAUUCGGUCGUAUCAUAAUGUUUUCAAUUAUUUUUCAUUUCAUGAUGCGGUUUGGGUUGGCGUUUGCUUUUUCUCUGUAACUAUUUCGUGAUGGAUGGUUUGGUGUGCAAUUUAUUCCCUCUCACAAGGAGGUAUUGUUUAGUGGUACCGGUAUCAUCAAUAAUUUACGGCGAAA